AUGCUAAAUAAUAUUGCUGAAUUUUUGAGGAGAAUCGAUCAAUUUGGAGCAAGUUACAAACCAAGUUAUGCUCAUGGAGAGGUAUAAUUCAAAACAAGUUUGGGGGGGUUGCUAUCAGUUCUGCUAUAUGGAUUAAGUUUGGCGUACCUUAUUUAUGAAUUGAUUUUAUGGAAUUCAGGAAAGAUUUUGCCAAAAAUUACGAGUUAAUAAACAAAAAUUGAAACAUAUUCACUUUUAUUUGAUUAAGUAACUAUAGCUUCAUUUUGUUUGAGAAAACAUACAAGUAUAUAAGAUUAAAUUGAUCCAUUUGACCCUAACAACGUAAUUUUAUUGCCAAUUCUAUAUGAAAUUUUAGAUGAUGUAGUGACAUCACCUUAAACUUUAUUGUCAAAUAAAAAAUCAGAAAAACAUGGUACUUAUUUGAUAGAAGUAAAAAAUAUAGAACUAUCUAAUAAUGAACAUGAAUCAUUAGAUCAUCCAAAUAAAGAAUAUUUAUUAAUAUUUUAGGCUUGUUUAUAAGAGCUUUUACCAUAUGGUUGGUAAUGUGCUGAAGAAGAAACAAUUAAAUAGUUUUUUAAUCAAAAAUAAAACUAAUUAUCUGUACACACUUAUAUAAAUUAAUAUAAUACUUCCACCAAAAAAAUAGAUAUUGUUGAAUAAGACUAUUAUGCAUCUUUUGAUAAUAAAACUACAUAUUUUAGUUAAAUUGUCGUUGGUUCUACAAAUAUUUCAAUAGAUACUGGAUUUUUAUUGGAAAGUUUAGAGAUACUUGAAUUUCCUAGUUAAAUAUAAUCUUACAUUUAAUAAAUGGAUUUAGAUUACUUUGCUCAUAUUUUUAAGCAUAACGUCUUUAUAGUUUUUGAAUUUGAAUUAGGAACAUUAUAAGAAACUUUGCAUGUAGAAUAUCCAAAAGUAUCUGAAGUAUUGGCAAAUAUUGGAUCUAUUAUUUCUUUCUUCUUAUUCUUUUCUCAUGUUGCCUAUAUGAUAAAUGAGAAAAAUCUAGAGCUUAAAGUCUUAAGAACUUUAAUUGAAAUGUAUUAUCCUUAAAUUAAAGACAUUACUUUUAAAAAAAGUUUUUUUGGAAAAGUAAUUGAGAUUAUGUACAAAAAUUAAAAAGUAUCAUAAUCAUUUUAUUAAACAUAUAAUAAAUUAUUAGAUAUAUCUAAAACUAAAUUAUGUCUAACCAAUCAGUUAUAUGAGGUAUCAAGAUUAUAGUUCAUAUUAAAUUAAAUUUGUGAUAGAUAAGUUAUGAAGAAUUGUCAUAAAAUUGGAAUUAAAUUAAAAUCUCUAUAAUUUGAACGAGAAAAAGAACAAUUUAAGCCAACUAAUCUUAAGAUUGAGAAUAUUGUUCCAUAAGAAUUGAAAUAAGAAAAUGUAGAAAGUUAAUCUAUUGAAGAAAUCAAUAUUAUAAAAGUAGUAAAAUAUUUAAUUUAAACUUAUAGAAUCCCUAGCUUUCAACUGAAAACCAAUAAUCCUCACUAUAAAUUUACUAAUUAAAUUAAUCAUAAAGCUUAUUUUUAAGAAAUGUAAUUGAAAAUGAAGAACCUCAAGAUGAAGAACAAAAUCUAUCAGAUGAAGAUUUUUAUCUUUUAAUGUAGCAUUAACCCAAAAGUCUAGAAUCUCAAUAAAUGGAAUAUGAAAAUGUAACACCUUAAAAUAAUUUUAAAAUAACAAUCAAUCAAAUUGAAAAUUGA